AUGUUAUUUAAUCCAAUCAAUGAGAAGAUUGUGAUGAGUCUAGAUAUUUUUAUUGAUGAAAAUUCUUCUCGGGAUUGGAAUUAUGGUGAUCCAAUUAACAAGCCAUUAAUGAGAUAUUGUGUCGACGAAGAAAUCGGUGAAGUCAAAGUCGAAGCAAUUACCGAUAUUCUAGUCAAAGCAGUUGCUGACAUUCCUGACACAGACGAAGUUAAAGAGGGUGUUGAAUCAAUCAACUAUAGUCAGGCUUUAAAGAAUAUGAAAUGGAAUUCUUCUAUGGUCAAAGAGUUACAAGCAAUUGAAAGAAACAACACAUGGGAGUUAGUCGAAUUGUCGGCACAUACAAAAGUUAUCAAAGUGAAAUGGGUGUUCAAGAUGAAGCACAAUGUUGAUGGGUCAAUAGAAAGACAUGGGGAGAUAUUGGUUGUGGCACAAGAUAUAACAAUCAUCUGCUUAUAUGUCGAUGACUUGCUGGGUUUAACAACCAUGGGCAAACGUGGCGUUGGCCGGCCAAGGCGUGCGGUGGUGGCGCGACGGAAAGGGGAGGAGCGAACAAUAGUCACUCAAGCAAUUAUGGAACAGCAAGUAGGGGAUGAUGAAGAAUCACAAGAACCCCAAGCAGGCGAACAUGAAGGGCAAGACGCCAAUCGCAAGGAAAAGGAGAUACCGGACAUGGGACCUUCUAUGGCGAUGGAGAGUGAAAUUGAAAUGCCAGGGGUUGAGGAGCCAGAGACUAUGAAACUAAGGAAACCCUGGGUAGAUGUCAUAAGAGGCAAUAGAAGAAUCAAUAGAGAGGUGAACAUGGAGUAUACCCCACCCAUGAUGGUUGAUGGCGAAGUGGAAGUAAAAAUUGAAGAAUCUGAUGUCGAAGAAGAGCUCGAGUUUUGGGCGAAUUCAAUUAUAUUGUUUGCUCUAGGAGAGUCUCUAUCAAUGAAUGCAGUCAAGAAAUUCAUGGAGAAGAAUUGGAACUCGGUUUCGCUACCAGAGCUGUAUUACAACGAGGAAGGAUAUUUUAUUGUGCGAUUCAGGAACCAAGAGGAUAGAGAGCAUGUGCUAGCUCAGGGCCCGUAUUUCAUCUAUGGGAAGCCAUUAUACUUAAGACAAUGGAGCUCAGAUUUUGAGAUGAAAGAGGAUAUAUUGCGGGUUAUGCCGUUGUGGGUCACAUUUCCCCAAUUGCCCCUGCACCUGUGGGGAGAGAAAUGCUUGGCUAAGAUAGCAAGCUCCAUUGGAAAACCAAUUACAAUGGAUGAAUGUACAACAAAGAAGCUAAGGGUUUCAUAUGCCCGAAUGUUGGUGGAGGUAGAUGUUACACAAAAACUUCGAAACAGCAUCAACAUCAGGGAUCAUAACAACAAGCUUGUCCAACAAUGUAUUGAGUAUGAAUGGGUACCCAAAUAUUGCCAUAAAUGCCUGAAAAUAGGGCAUGACUGUGCACUGAAGAAGCCAAUGAAUCACCAAGUCAAGAAGAUAUGGCAACCAGUUGGGAAUAUACAGAAAUCAGAGCAUCCACAAGGGGACCAAACUCAAAGUGGAGAGGUUCAGCCAGUCACAAUGGUAGCAGAGAAACCAGUAGAUGAAGUGGGUACUAGCACAGACUGGACUAAGGUGGCAGAAAAGGACAGAGAGACUAGAGUUAAAGAAGAUAAGGCUGCUGGAAUAAGAAGACAGUAUGGAAAUAAGUGGUGUUUUGAAGACAACUAUGACAAACACUACAAUGGUAGGAUCUGGCUUCUGUGGAAUAAAGCUGAAGUGAUAAUCAGGAUGAUUCAAGUUCAUGAACAAUUUCUGCACUUUGAGGUUUAUGGAAUAGAUAACUCAUUUCGUUAUGUCGCUACAAUGAUUUAUGCCUUCAAUCAAGUGGAACAUAGGAAAACAUUGUGGAGCAAGUUGGAAAAUCUGGGAAGCAAUAUGGAUAGGCCCUGGGUGGUCAUUGGGGACUUUAAUAAUGUCUUGAAGGAGGAGGACAGAAUUGGUGGACAACCAGUUAAUUAUGCAGAAUACAGAGAUUUAGAUGAGAUGAUGCACAGAGUUAGCUUGUUUGAAAAUGUAUCCAAAGGAAGCUACUUCACCUGGUCCAACAAACAUACCCAAGGAAUCAUCCACUCUAGAAUUGAUAGAAUGCUGUCGAACGUCCAGUGGUUGCAGAAGUAUCCUGAUGCUGUAGUGGAAAACUUGGCUCCUAAUAUCUCGGAUCAUACCCCUGUCAAAGUUAGUGUUAGCCAACAGCAGAUAAGGAAGGGAUCGAUGUUUAAAUUCCUGAAUUGCAGUGUUAAAGAGCCUACCUAUAUGCAGAUUGUGAAGAACAGUUGGCAAGAAGAGGUGAUAGGCAAUAAUAUGUACAGAUUAUGGAGGAAAUUAUUGAGAUUGCAACCGAUUCUGAAGAAGAUGAACUCUCAAUACUCAGACAUUCAAGACCAAAUCCAGAAAGCCAGACAAUUGCUUCUAGACGAACAGAAGGGUAUCCAUAAUAACUUGUUCAAUGUGCAAAGUAUUGAGAGAGUGAAGCAGUAUACUGAGAACCUCAUCCACUUGAACCAAACAGAGGAAAAUAUAUUGAAGCAGAAAGCCAAGGUGAAUUGGCUACAACUAGGAGAUGGGAAUAAUGCUUUCUAUCAUGCAUAUGUGAGGGACAGAAAUAAGCAAAAGGGGAUGUAUGCUAUGGAGUCUGCAAAUGGUUGUAGCCUAAGCAAACCAGAAGAUAUAGAAGAAGAAGUUCUGCAAUUCUAUGCCAAAUUGGUAGGUACUAAAUCCCUGAACCUGAGAUGUAUCGAUAUUACCACAGUAAGGAACGGUAAAACUCUUGACAGAGAGAGUGCUUGUCAGCUGAUAAGACCUGUUGAGGAAGGGGAAGUGUGGAAUGCUCUGAAAAGCAUAGGCAAGAAUAAGGCACCGGGGGUGGAUGGAUUCAACGCUUACUUCUUCACAGCUACAUGGCAAAUUGUGAAAAAUGAUGUGACAGCUGCAGUUAAAGAAUUUUUUCAUAAUGGAAAGAUGCUGAAGGUUUUCAACUGCUCCUUGGUAACUCUUAUCCCCAAAAAUCCUGAUGCUAAAACUGUGAAGGAUAUGAGGCCUAUAGCUUGCUGUAGUACAAUUUACAAGAUAAUAUCAAAAAUCCUAACAACUAGACUGGGCAAGGUGAUCAGUAAGCUGGUGGAUGAAUCACAAUCUGCUUUUGUUCCAGGUAGACACAUACAGGACAACAUCAUCUUGGCUCAAGAACUGAUUAGAGGGUAUAACAGAAAGAACAUUUCUCCGAGGUGCAUGGUGCAGAUGGAUAUCCAAAAGGCGUAUGAUACGGUUGACUGGAAUGCUUUAGCUCAGAUUAUGCAAGAGAUGGGAAUACCUCAGAUGUUCAGAAAAUGGGUAAUGGAAUGUGUUACCACUACUUCGUAUCGGUUCAAUAUCAAUGGGAGUCCCUCAAAAAUCCUGGAAGCAAAAAGGGGAUUGAGACAGGGAGAUCCCAUCUCCCCCCUCUUAUUUGUGCUGGUGAUGGAAUACCUGCAUAGGAUGUUCCAAAACUUGAAUAAUAAUCCAAACUUCAAUUUUCACCCAAAAUGUGAAAAAUUGAAGCUUAUUGACAUGUGUUUUGCUGAUGAUAUUGUGAUCUUUGCGAGAGGGGACGUUGGUUCCCUACAACUUAUUAUGCAGGUGGUGGAAAAAUUCACAAAUUCAACUGGCUUGCAAAUGAGCAUUCCUAAAAGCAAGCUGUUUGUGGGAGGGGUAGAUGGCAUUACCAAAGAAAACUUACAGCAAGCAACUGGAUUCUCUUUGGGGCAGCUCCCAGUCAAGUAUCUUGGAGUGCCGCUGAACUGUAGAAAGCUCACCAUCAACAAUUGCCAAGGGCUGCUAGAUAGAAUGACUGUUAGAAUUAACCAUUGGUGUAGCCGUCUUUUGUCGUAUGCAGGUAAAUUACAGUUGGUGAAAAGUGUGGUGUUUGCUAUAACCAAUUAUUGGAUGCAAAUAUUCCUCCUACCCAAGAAGAUCAUUAGGCACAUUGAAAGCAUGUGUAGAAGAUUCAUUUGGGCUGGAAAUGACGAGAAGAGUAAAAGAGCGCCGGUGGCAUGGGACCAUGUGUGUGAUUCGAUUGCAAAUGGUGGAAGGAACAUCAUAGCCUUAGGGGAAUGGAAUAAAGCCACCAUUGGCAAGCUGCUAUGGAGUUUGAGCGAGAAGAAGGAUAAAAUGUGGGUUAAAUGGAUGCAUAGUUACUACUUGAAGAAUAGAGGGAUGGAGGAAUACCAGCCCAACAACAACAGUUCAUGGUUAAUGAAGUCCAUUUGUAAACAUAAAGCUGAAUUGAUGUCUAAUGAUAUUUGGGUUGAAUUCCAGGCCAAUGAUAUGUAUAACACUCGAAGAAUGUAUCAGCAUCUGCGUGGGGACAAGCCAAGAGUUGAUUGGAGGAGGUUAAUGUACAUAAACAUGGCUAGACCAAGGGCUGUUUUUACUCUUUGGCUGGUCUGUCAGGACAGAUUGCAAACCAAAGACAGAUUGAUGAGACACGGGACUUAUACUGAUGGGAAUUGUCUGUUUUGUAAUAUGCAGGAAAAUAGAGGCCAUUUAUUCUUUGAGUGUGCGAUCACAAAGAAGAUUUGGAAGGAGACUCUCAAUAGGCUUGGGCUGGAGUAUAUCCAUAUUGAUUGGAAUGAGCAUACUGCUUGGCAACAAGCUAAAGGGAAGGGCAACAAAAUGCGCAUUUUCAAAGCUGCGCUGGCUGAAACGGUUUACCACAUUUGGUGGGUGAGAAACAGGAUUUGUUUCCAACAGGGGAGGAAGGAAGAGCUCCAAAGCCAACAUAUUCAUGACAUACUUAUGGAUAGAUUUAGAAUGAAUAGAAAAUUGACAGCGUAUUGUAAUAGUGUUUAG